AAGCUCCCGAGUUUCCCACGAUCUCGGAGUGCUAUGGAAUGGAACAUUCAGCAUGCGACGAGGUCUAGUGGGCCGAGCGCGCAGCGUACACCUGGCUCGGCUAUAAAAGCGCACGGCCCUACCACUCCGACAUCAUUCGAUACUCACUCGUAGCAGAGUUCACAUCGUGCCUUGCUCAAGAGUCGAGCGUAGUCGAGAAAGUUUUACGUGCUUUUAAAGUUAAAGUGUUUCAAUAUUUGCGAAAUGUCGAACUACGAAAUGUUGUCGGCGGAAGAAUCGCAACCAGUCUCCAGGACUUACCAGUACAGAAAAGUGAUGAAACCGAUGUUGGAGAGAAAAAGGAGAGCCAGGAUCAACAGGUGCCUGGACGAAUUGAAGGACCUUAUGGUGACGGCGCUGCAGAGCGAAGGAGAGAACGUUUCCAAAUUGGAAAAAGCCGAUAUCCUAGAAUUGACAGUGCGUCACCUACACAAAUUACGUCGUCAGCAGAAAUUGGCGUCCAACCCCGUGAUCGACGCCGACAGAUUCCGUGCCGGAUACACCCACUGCGCCAACGAGGUGUCGAGAUGCCUCGCAGCCAUCCCCGGAGUAGACGUCCAGUUGGGCACCAAACUCAUGACCCACUUGGGACAUCGUCUGAACGAGAUGGAUAAAGUGAAACCUCUAGUGGUGCAAGUGCCUUACACUCCUCCAGUGUCCCCGUAUCCCGAGGGAUACGCGCCCGUCCACAGCUACAACAUGCCUUUGACGCCCGCCUCUUCGACGUCUUCCAGAACAGCACCAUCGCCGUCCAUCGAGAGCCAGACGCAAAUCCCGUCUUCAUCUCCGGGAUUGUUAAAAGUAGCGUCCAGACCCUCUCCCGUGUGGCGACCAUGGUGAUUCCAAAAUUCAGCAUUCAAUACCGAAUGUCUUUCACAAUUUGCUCAAAUUUCAAGAUCUCCGAAAGCUUUAAUUUAGUUUGUAAGGUUGUUGUAGUAUGUGAUAUUUUAAAGUUGGUACCUGUGAUCCCGAGGCAAUGUUGAUAUAAAAGUGCCUUGGUUAAAUGUAAAUAUUUUUCUAUGUUAUUGAUUCGUUGAAAAGAAAAGAAGAUGACAUGAGACUCGACUCUCAUGAAUAUAUGAAUUUUUUAUAUAAAUAAAAUACGUUAUCUUAAAUUUA